GGCCUAGGAUAAUAAAGGAUAGACCUGCCCUGGCCGGUUGGAGGGAGGCUGGGGGUGUGCAGCCGCAGGCAGAGGGCCCGGGCACCGACAAGGUUACAGCAGGGCCGGCUAAAACUCCACCCAGUCCCAGGGGUGACUGUCUCCUAGCAACGCUCCCUGACUGCCAGGACGCCUGCCUUCUGGCACCGGGCACAACUCUAGCCGCACAGAGGAAGCUGAGGAGCUACAAUCUCGAGCACCGUCUUCCUUGCUGUUCACCUGUGAUGGAAGCCACUGAGAAACUCCGAGCAAAGUGCCUGGAACGUGGGGCAUCAGGGAUCCGAGGCCUAGCCAGAGUGUUUCGACGACUGGAUGCCAACCGGAGCGGGACCCUGGAUGCUGACGAGCUGCGCCGGGGCCUGGAGGAGAUGGGGCUGGUGCUGGAGGCUCAGGAGAUGGAGCAGAUCUGCAAGCGUUGGGACCGCCAUGGCAAUGGGACCUUAGACCUGGAGGAGUUUCUUCGGGCCCUGCGGCCACCCAUGUCUCAGGCCCGGAAGGACGUCAUUGCGGCUGCCUUUGCCAAGUUGGACAGAAGCGGAGACGGUGUGGUGACCGUGGAUGACCUUCGGGGCAUUUACAGUGGCCGGGACCACCCCAAAUUUCAGAGCGGCGAGUGGACCGAGGAUGACGUGUUCCAGCACUUCCUGGACAACUUUGACACUGGUGACAAGGAUGGGCAGGUCACUGCGGCAGAGUUCCUGGAUUACUAUAGCGGUGUGAGCGCUUCUGUGGACACAGAUGAAGAGUUCGUGGCUAUGAUGACCAGUGCCUGGCAACUGUGACACCUGGACCCAAGGGAAGGCACCAGAGGACCAGUCCGAGAGUUGAGCCAUUCCCUCCUCCCUGACACCAAGCCUUAGUUUCAUCCCUCCCUGCCUCUGCUCUAUCACCUCCACCCCCAACGCCCUGAGAGGCAACUACCGGGAAGAGCAUCGGGAUCACUGAAGGAAUCAGAGGACACAGAUUCCAAUCCUGGCCCUCCCUCUUUCCACCCAUUCAGCCAUUGGCAAAGCCCUUUGCCCUUUCUGGGAUUCAGAGGGUCAAAGGGCUACUGGCAGUGUGCUGGAAGGGAACUCGGAGACCAACUGCUCCAAUCCCUCAUUCCACAGAGGAAGUGAUGGGAAACUUGGGGUCCCCAUUCAGGCCUCUGACACCACCAGUUUUGCUGAUCUCUAAAAUCCAAUGCUCCUAAGGCUAUUCGAGGAGAGGUGGUGUGCUGGGUCCCUCCUCUCGCCUUUUGCCCAGGGAAUGGUUUAACACUACUCCCUUCCCCCCACAAGGGGUUCCUCUGUCCUGCUUCCCCCUUCAGCCAUCCCCCACCUGCAUGAGGUUGAUCCAAGCCUUUCUCCCCUCCCUAGCCCAGCGUCACAAGUCAGCACAGGCUUUGGCUCUCCCUGCAUCCUCUAAAUCUACCCUCUUGUAACCUGUGCUUUUCAAAUGAAAUUCAAGCUCCUCGCUGGCCUCUCA